CACACUAUAAUUCUAAAGUACAGCAUGCCACAGAGUCGAGAAUUAGAGUCAUGCUGAUACAUGUGGAAACUCAAAUAUGUCAGUAGAUUUAGUGGAACCGAAUUGCGCUUUUCUUAUGUGCAGACAUAUGGAGCCAUUUGAAAAGCUGGAUAUGGUAUGGAAAUGUCAGUAUUAAAAAAAAAAAGUUUCAGAACUCCUACUAGGUCCCUUGCAAAUAAAACUGAAGGAUGGUAGGAGGAAAUUAUUCUUAAAACAUCAAACACUCAGAAAAUGAAAUAAAGAAACCUCAAGGCACCCAUAAGAACAUCUAAAACAGCACCAUUAACAAUAGAUUUAUUCUGCAAGACAUAAGAAUAUGUAAAGAUGAGGAGGGGCAGGAGGAAAGCAGUAGUAGGAGGAACAGUGUCAACAACAACUAAAGUAUUAGAUAAACCAGGAAGAAGAACAAGAAGUCAGUCUCUGAAGGAGAACCAGGAAAUUGAGAUUCUUCCUGUAGAUUCUGAAGCAUGUGACAGAUCUUUACCACAGAAAAGUGAAGUGAGCACAGGAUUCACCAGAGAAGGAUCACAUGAUUCUGCUAUCUCUUCAAACAGCUCAAAGUGGUCUGUAUCUAGCAGUAUCUCUAUAAUGAGCUGUGAAUCAACAAGAACUUUGGCCAAGAAAAAGUCAUCAAUUUUGAAUGUUGUGGAAGAGGAGCAUAGCACCAUAACAAAGGGGGAAGUUAGUGAUGCUACUCUUACGUGGAUUAACAGCAUAUCUCCAGAGCGAAUCAGAUCAGCAAUGCCAGUUGUUCGAACUGGAGCAGUGACAAAUGGCUAUAUUGUCAGACAGUCUGUUAGUCGCUCAGUUGAUGGCUCAGAGACUGAUAGCGGCUGUGACACAAAGAUGGCAGAUGAUUUUCUCUUCAGUCAUUAUGGAUUGGAAGUAUUAAUUCAUCUUAGUACAUUUUUAAUCACAGCAUCCACCGUAUCUACAAAAGUAUAUCUGAGAUCAGCUCUAAAGGAAGAAAGUAUAUUAACUAACAAGAAUCCAUUACUGUUGCAAAUAAUGGUCUACCUUACCAUUGGGAUUAUGUCUGACCUGAUGUCACCUACGGUAGCUCUACUUUCAACUCAUUUAACUGCUCUAGGAGUAUGCCUGCUAAACUGUUUGAAUCUAAGCCAUAUCUUGAUGUCAUACUUGCCAUUUUUAAACUCAGGAUAUUUAGGAUCUCAGGUGAUAGCAGCAUCUUACAGACAGGAUUUUGGUCUGGAGAGCAUGCUGGCACGGGUUGGACUGGUUUAUGGUUUAGCCAGUUCUGUAUGUCCCCAAAUCAUAGUCAUUUCCACUGAGUAUCUAGGGGCCACCCUUAACUACAUGGUAGUUUCCCUUGCCAGCCUCCUGAGUAUAUCAGCAGGGUGUAGACUCAGAGCUUGUAUCUACCAAAGACCUUCAUCCAGAACUGACAUUGGAUGGCUUUGUUUUCUUGGAUUUUUAUUAAUGAAAGUUUUCCUGACUAUUCCACUAGCCAUUAUGCUUCCUCUCUUUCAAGGAAUGAUUCAAGAUGGCAGUUUUAUUGAGGGAGUCAGCUUGUCCAUGAUAGUAACAGUGGGACUCCUAUGUAUACAAGCUGUGGUGACUCCUGUGCUUUUGUUCUUCACCUCCCCAGCAACUGUCACUAUCAUUGUGGCUGCCGUCCUUACACUGAUCUAUCCAGCAUUGCUGAUUAUCUUUGAAGGUUUAAGCCAACAUCUAAUCAUUCUUAUGAUUCCUCUUUGUGGGAUGGUGAGUAUAGCUCAGGUCAUGAUCCUGUCAGCUUCCAUCAACUGCUUCCCCAGGUUGAAAGGCAUUGUGUUGGCAGCCAACCUUUCAGUACACAUCAUGACCAGAUAUUUGGUUACUCAAGCAGCUGAAUACUUGUCAGCCCUCUGCAGAUUCAGUCAAGUAAAUUUGGUUUCAUUGUACUUUUCACAGUGGUCUGUACAAAUUCUGAAUUUUGUGAAAAUGGAAAAUCUUGUUCCAGAUAUUCAUAGUGAAAUGUUAUCAUGUGAUGAUAUUCAUUUAGAAACUUUGGCUUUGACAGGCUGUGUUUGUUCAGUCAUUCUGCUAGUACUAAGUUUAUCUUUGAUGAGGCAUUGACUUUGAUGAAAAUAUAUUUCUAUAUCCCUUUACAAAGGGAUACAUAAAUUAUUUGCCAAUCUCAUUCAUGUUCUGUGAUACUUUUAGCUUUUAUUUGAAGACAGCUCUCUUUGGGUAAGUCCCCAUGUGAAAUCAAAAUGGGGAGAAACUGCCUUGUACUGUGAUUUUGUAACCAAAUAUUGUUUAUGUGUAAUUUUUCUUCCAGAAUUAUCAAAACUUUCCUAAAAAACAACAGAAGCUCAACACAGUUUCACUGUAUAUUGCACAAAAUGUGAUAGUUUUCUCUCUGCUUAGGAUUAAUGUUCUGUUUUGUGAUUUUAUAGUACAGUAUAUACUUGUCUUAAAUAAAUAUAUGGUUGUUUUUUACAAAUCUGCUGCAUAUUUAAAGUUUAGUUUAAACCACUGUACACAUGCAUUACUUAUCUCCAUUGACUGCAGCUCUCUUUUCUAAAUUGUUUUGCUAUCUGUUGUUAUAUGUCCAGGAUAAUUUGUCACAAAUGAAUUACUGAUACAUUUUGGCCUCUGUUUUACAGAUAUUUGACUGUUUGAUUAUCAUGGUGUCAAACAAAUGAAAUUACAAAUUGCUAUGAAACAAAUAUAAGAAAGUUAGGAAUCUUGGAUUAUAGUUUGUUAUGGUUAUGUUUAUCAGAUGAGCCUCAUAGCCUUAUAGAGGAUUUUUUCUCUCUCUUUUUAGUAUCUGAUUUCAUAUAUUAUUAUAUUAAAGAUGGAUGCAGAAAAGUAAAAUAUCUUUUAUAGGUAUGGAAUUACUGCAGUAAAUGUAGUGGAGUUUUCAUUUAUAAGCUUUGCUCUUUUCUUUUUGAUAUUGUAAUCUUUAUAACUCUUGUCGUUAUACUGAAGCUGCUUGUCAUUAGAGCUCCUUCUUACAUGAAUUGAAUCAAAUUUAUAUAUUCAUAAAAAUGUAGUUUCCUGGUUGAGAACUUAUAUGUAUGGACUGGCCUUAGAGUUCACAUUGAAAAUAUUUUGUAUUUAAGGGGACCAUCAUGCAGAAUUAGGUUCGGAUAGUCAUGACUGGGUUGGGACUCAUUUUGAAUAUUUGUAGAUUUAAGCAGUUGCUAACUUACUGGUGUCCCUUAAGGUGGGGAUAAAUUUCCAAAAAAUGUCAUAAGGUUAUGUCUUACAGAUUUUCUUUGUGUUUUUAUGGGUUCAUGCUCACAGUAUGAAAAAUGAAAUCAGUAAAAUCUUUCUGUAUAUGUAACCGUCAAAUCUGAUUUCAUCUUGGUACCCACUUCAGCCAUUUUGUGGGAUUUUUUUGUACAAGAAAUAUACCUUAACCCAUUAGUGCCUGUUAUAUGCACUAUCCACUGUGGCUUUGUUUUGUAAAUUAUGUUUGCAAAUAGAUACCUCCACAAGUGCUUAGUUAACAGGGAGUCAAUUGGUAAGACUACUUUGUGAUUUUUUUUUUUUUUUUAUUACUGUUGUUAUUAUUGUUCUUCACAAUUUUUAUGAUAUUGAUAACAAUACUAAUAGCAGUAAAAAAAACAUGCUUUUGAAAAUCAUGGAAGAGGCAAACAUGUGAGACUAGGAGUAACUGGUAAGUGACUCAUUGUCACUUCUGGAACCAUCUAAAUUUAAACUAAAUUAAUAAGCUAAAAACAAAGUGGGUUGGGUGUGUCUGUACUUUUCAUCUGAGCAUCAGUGGGUUACAAAUAAUUAUUAAACAAGGGCUGGUACCCACAGAUAGCAAAACCCAAAAAGCUAGUAUCAAAGGAUCCACAAUAAUAAGAUGUACCAUCAAUAAUCAUGAAUUCUAUAAGGCUAUAAGGCAACAGUAUGAUGGUUCCCUUAUUAUGAUUUUGGUUAUUAUGCAAUGAUUAGAAUUUUCUUUCAUUCUGUAUUAGGAGGUUUUAUACCAUGACAGUUUGAUUGUUGAUAAAAUGGAAUAGUGCAUUUUGAAUAUCAUUAAUAAAGGAAUGUGUUGUGUAGGCAGUGAUACUAAUCACCAUUACCCUAAACAUGCAUUUAAUGUGAAUAAUUUUGUUCACAAAAUAGCAUCAUAUUCUUUAUGAAGAAUUGCUUCAUAAGUCAUUAUAGGGCUAUUAUUGGAAAUAGAUUUAUAUUAGAUUUAAAAAAAGUUAUAUGUGACUUUGCAAAGAGAGAAUAAUAAUUAAUGUUUAUCCCUGUGUAUGUUACUUAAAUAAGUUUUGUGAACUUUGAUGCAGUCUUAUUUUCUGUUUCAUGGUCAGGAAUCAAAUUCAUAUAUAAACAUGCAGUGACAUCUUGUCUUGAUAUGGUCAGUAUUUUUUCUUAAUAUUAGGACAUUUAAUGGAAAAUAAUGUUGGAAAAUGUAUUCAUUAUUCUGAUAUUUAAGAAUAAACUCAAUGAGAAAAAAGUCAAUUUUGUGCAACAGCAUCAUCAUAGAGGAGGGGAGUAGGGAGUCAUGGGCCACAUUAUUUCAGUGGAGCCACACAUCAUAUUCACUGUCAUGGGCAUACCCAGGAGAGAGGAGUAACUGUGUCCUCCCUCCCUAUAUUUCAGGGUGGACUUCCCCCUGCCCAUGGAAUUUAUACGGCUGAUGCCACUAAAUUAGUUUCAUAUAUUAUUUACUGAUUGAUUGUUUUUUUUUUUUUUUUUUUUUUUUUUUUUUUUUUUUUUACUUGUCUCCAGACAUCACAAAUAUAGGACGGGUUUUUGUGUAUCCAAAGCCUUAGGAACAUUCUUAGAACCGUUUGCUUACUUCUAUUAUUUUACAGAUAAAUGAUAUACCAACAGAGGUUUUACACCAGGUAGGAAGGAUACUUUUCUCACAAAAUGUAUAGUAAAGUAAGGUUUUCUGCUCUUUUGUAUAAAAUAGUAAAAUGUUUAUUCUUUUAUAGGUGUGUGUUUGUUUUUGUCUGUUUUUUUGUUUUUUUUUUACAAUUUUUACCAUUUCCUUGUCACUCAGAGUUUCAUUUCAAAUGUUUAAUCAAAAAUUGAUUAAAUACUUUUGUAUUAACAUAAUUUCUAAAUUAAUAAAAU